AAAAAUUCAGCGCGAGUCAGUCUGCAGCUGGACGCGCUCCGAAACCGACCAGGUUCCAGCGCUCCGCUCUCUUCUUCGAUCCCUCUUUUUCUCUCUCUCUCAUACAUAUACUCGUGUGCACUGCUCUCCUCGUAGGCAGCGUAUAUAUGUGAUAUAAAGAGACUCUCCGUUUCCUUCGCCAAAAGAAGAAUCUCGGCCGUUAUAUUACAAAAAAAAAGUCGAGAGUUGUGACAGUGUCCGUGGUGGUGUUUGUGUCGUUUCCUCGCGUGGCCCCGCAUACGCGUAUACGCACAAAUUAUACAUGCACUUUUGACAAGCAGAGUUGACGGAGAGAGAGAGAGAGAGAUAGAAGGGAAGUCAGUACAUUAUGUGCACGCGUGUGCUGCAAAUAUUAUAAUAGAUAACACAUCGUCGCUGGAGUCGUGUGUUAUUUCACUUCUUCGCACUUUUUCUUUCACAAACACGAAUAUUAUAAAUCGUACAAAUGAUAAGGAAAGUUGCGAUAGCGACGACGACGCACGCUCGUAUUAUUUUGAAAACAAGACGACGACGAGCCAGCAGCGGCGACAGCAGCACAGGAGUCAGUCGUUUCCGAUAGGUCGCGGAUAGUAGCGCGAAUUCAACCAACGACGUCAUACACUGUGCACAUAGGUCGUUCGAUAAUAACAAAACGAUCGUUGUUUUGUAAGAAAUAGUAUCUCGCACGAGUGUGCGCGAGUGGGUGCGAAACGCAAAAUAACAAAAGUAAAAAAAAUAAAGUUUGUGCUCUACGAGUGGCGAGAAGUUUUUGGAGCAAAAAAAAGAAAAAAAAACAGUAGUUCGCGUGCAGUGUGUCGCGCACGUAUAAAUACAGACAGCAGCAGCAGCAGCACACGUAUUUACGUGAGAAAUAUCUCACGUACGUGUAUAGGCGCGCGUGUUUGUGUGUAAAUAAACACACAGGUGCUCCGCCGCCACAGCCAGUGGAAGAGAGAAGCCUUGAUGCGCGUCCGUGUGUCGGAGUGAAAAAGCGCGUUACAAUACACACAUACACACCAGUUCUCGGACGCACUGACACACACACGUACACACAAAUACACACGAGUGCGCUCUCAUAGUGUGUGCAGCCGCCUUUCACUAUAUACAUAUACGUAUAAAAAAUAGCUUCGGAGCGCUCGUGCAGGCUCUCCCGCUGCCUGCACAAGUAUCUCGACUCACACACAGACACACACACGCGCGCACAUUCGCAGAGGUUAUCGUGUAUAUGUGCAUACACAUAGGAGUCCUCGCGCGGGACUCGUGCGAGCGACGUUACACAGAUGUGCGUCCGUCAGUUUGAAAGGUAGUGCGCGGCGUCCGUAAGGUGUGCUCCGUUUUCGUUAUCGUAUAUACGUAACGCAACAGUGUGCAGUGAUACAUUCCACGUGUGCAGAAGAAAAUAACAAUAGCGAGUGUGUAGCUAUAUAGUGAAAAACCGAGAGAUAGACUGGAGAGAGAGAGAGCGAGAGACAAGCUGCUGUAGUAAGUGGCCGUAGUAUGGAAAAUACUGGUCAGCCUCUGAAUCAGCAUCAUCAUCAUCAUCAUCAUCAUCAUUCCAAUCGUCAUCAUUAUCAUCAGCAGCAGCAGCAACAACAACUCCAUCGAGAAAUCCACAAUCAGCAGCAGCAGCGAUACGAAGACGAGGCAUCGCCAGCGGCGGCACUGGGACUAAACGCAGCAGCGCAGGCAGCAGUUCAGCCAGGACUGCCCAAUAACAAGACGCUCAUGACGAAGCUGCCGGUACGCGCCAUCACGCAGCCGAGCCAUCACGGCUCGACGAACAACACGACGACGACGACACAGCAAACGUUGAUACACAGACCGGGCCACUGCUAUCAGCUGCAUCGUCCGCAUCUCGGCCUCAAGCAUCAUCGAGGAGGAGGUGGUGGUGGUGGAGGAGGAGGUGGAGCUGACCACGAGGAGGACUGCGACGACGACUCGGCCUCGGGGCCGCCCCGUCACAAGCAGGCCAAGAUCUCCGAGUCGCCUCGGUCGCCACCGCAGCAGCAGCAGCCGCAGCAACAGUCACAGUCGCAACAGCAGCCGCCACAGCUGGAGCAACAGCAGCAACAGCAACAACAACAGCAGCCGAUGUUGGCUGCCCAAGUGCCACUGCCACAGCCACUGAGCAGUAAAAACUUGGUCUACAUGCCCCCGAGUCACCUGCAGCAUCACAUACAGAGGGUACAGCAGCAGCAGCAGCAUCACUCCCCGCCGAGUCUGAACCCACACCAUCCGCAUCAACAUGCCACGCCGCAGCUACGACACAAGCAGCAGCAGCAUCAGUCGAUACAGAAUCAGAUACCCCAUCCGAUACUGACGGGGGGCCAGCAGCAGCAGCAGCAGCAUCAGACGGAUCUGAGCCAGCAGCAGCAGCAGCAAUUCGAGUCGUGGCCGACGACGAGCCACAUAUCCUGCCUCUACCCGGAGAUCCUGGCGCUGAUCUUCAGCAAGCUGAGCGUGCAGGACCGAGGCCGCGCCGCGCAGGUCUGUCACGCGUGGCGCGACGCCGCCCAGCACAGGUCGGUCUGGCGCAACGUCGAGGCCAGGCUGCACCUGCGCAAGCACUCGACCCCGGUGUUCCAGUGCAUGGAGAAGCGCGGCAUCAAGCGCGUCCAGAUACUGUCGCUGACGAUGCGCCGCGGCCUCGGCGACGUGUUUCGCGGCCUGCCUAAGCUCCAGUCGCUCAGUCUCUCGGGCUGCUACAACAUGUCGGACGCGGGCCUGAACGGUGCGCUGACGGGCGCCUUUCCCUCGCUCACCGAGCUCAAUCUCAGCCUCUGCAAGAACAUCACGGACGCCAGCCUGGCCAAGAUCGCCCAGUACAUGAAGAAUCUGGAGGUGCUCGAGCUGGGUGGCUGCGGCAACGUGACCAACUCGGGCCUGCACGUGAUCGCCUGGGGCCUGAGGAAGCUCAAGCGCCUCGACCUGAGGAGCUGCUGGCACAUCUCGGACGUCGGGAUCGGCUACGUGGCGGGCCAGUCGCAGGAGGCCGAGGGCAACAUGGAGCUCGAGCACCUGGGCCUGCAGGACUGCCAGCGGCUGAGCGACGAGGGCCUGCGCCACCUGGCCAACGGCCUCGGCAACACCCUCAAGUCCAUCAAUCUGUCCUUCUGCGUGCUCAUCACGGACUCGGGCAUGAAGCACGUGGCCAAGAUACAGAGCCUGCGCGAGCUCAAUCUGCGCUCCUGCGACAACAUCUCGGAGAUCGGCAUGGCCUACCUGGCCGAGGGCAACUCCAAGAUAUCCUCGCUCGACGUCUCGUUCUGCGACAAGGUCGGCGACCAGGCCCUGCAGAACAUCAGCCAGGGCCUGUACAAUCUGCGCAGCCUCAGUCUGUCCGCAUGCCCGAUCAGCGACGAGGGCAUCCACAAGAUAUCGAAGAAUCAGCAGGAGCUCGAGACGCUGCACAUCGGCCAGUGCAGUCGGCUCACCGACCAGAGCGUCUUCUCGAUCGUCGAGAACAUGCCCAAGAUACGCAGCAUCGAUCUCUACGGCUGCACGCGCAUCACCAAGCAGGGCCUCAGCCGCAUCUGGAAUCUGCCCCUGGUGUCGCUCAAUCUCGGCCUCUGGCAGGAGCUCUCGCGAUAGCGCGACCUCGUCCGCUCUGGCGACAAACCAAUGUCGUCUUCGUCGUCGUCGUCGUCGUCGUCGAUGCAUCAGCAGCAGCCAACGGCAUCCUAAAGCGCGUAAAAUCGAACUUUUGUCAUUACACCAAUCGACCUUUUAACGGGGUUAGUCAGAUAUAUAAUACACACACACACACUUAUACAUGUAUAUUUAAUUGUUGUACAUACAUCUCUCAUGUAUUUUGUAUGAUGUUAAGGAAAAAAGAUGUUUUGCGACUCGAUAUUAAGCGUAAGAGAAUCGAUGCAAUAUAGCUUGAAAAUGCGUAGAAAAUAGUACAUUUGUCAAUGCGGACGAAUGAAUGCGUUCGAUUGAUACGUAUAGCACAUAUACCAUGAAUGUAUACAUACGUAUAUAUAUAUGCGAGCAUGCAUGCAUAGCGGAGAAACCGGUUUCGUCGCGAACGCGGAAAAAUACAAACUCUCCCUUCUCUCCGCUCGCGAGUCUCUCUCGCUCUCUCUAUCUCUCUCUCUUCUUCACUCACUCACUCGCUCGGCAAUUUUUAAUCUGUAAAGUUUCAACAUUUACAUACAAGAAUUCAUGCGAGCAGAGUGAUAAUCGCGAAUCAUCUCGUGUUUACGCUACGAACAUUUUUGUGCGAUUGUAAUUGGCCAAGUAUAGCGAGUUUCGUUCGUUACCUUCUUCCGCUAGAUCGAUUUCGGCGAGUGGACUUUAAUUUUAUUAUUUUCUUUUUUUUUUUUUAAUUGUAUCGCUACUCUCUUUUGUUCACGACGAACGCGCCGAGCGCGCCUCAAUUAUAUCAAUCACGAUGCAUCGAUGAUCUCGGAUCGAUUCCUCGUCUCUCGCUCGAAUGUGCGAAGCUCGAUCGAAACACGAAUAAAUUUACAAGAGCAGAGAGACAGAGAUCGAUUAUUCAAUAUAUAGGCACUUGGCCGCUUCUUUUUUUCUUCUUUUGUUUUUUUUUCGUUCGACCUCACUCGCUACUUUAUGGAUUUGACAGCGCUCGAGUCAAAAAAGCUUCCUCUGCGCGCAUGGGAAUCGGACGAGGCGUGCUCGGCUCGCUGGCUGGCGAAUUUUCGCCCCAAAACUGCGCGGCGGUAUACGCGCGCGGACGUGCGUCGAUUUUAUCAAGCUUAUAUAAUAAUAGUAAACGUAUAUAAAUAUGCAGCUUGAAGCUCGUCUGCGCGUAUAUAUAUGUACGAGUGUAAACAACGCAGCCCCGUGGUGUAACGGGGAUAAGUAGCUAUAUACGCGAUGUACGUACAUUCAUAAGAGUCGCCAUUGCUCGCGAAACGUAAUAUAAAUAAUAUAAAUACGCAAAGUUGAUGUAUACCUGCGCCUACGCAAACAGCGCCCAGAGUCGUCCUCGUCUGUUAUUUCGAAUCGGCGAACUCUUAUAAUUAACUUUAUCAUUGCGCGUUGUUAACACUCCGCGCGCCAAACGUCAGAGCGAAAAAUAGAGAGACAGAGAGAGAGAAGGUCUAAAGCGUUUUUAUUUCCAUACGCUUGAUGUGCGUAUUAGAUGUGCAUCCAUUAAAGCAAAAAAAAAACAAAAACAAAAACAAAAAUGUUUUUGAGAGAGAGAGAGAGACGAAUUGAAUUCGUGUGCUUUCGUGGCCUAUGGCGCUAUACGUAUACGUAUCAAAAACCCUUUAUCGGUGACAAUGAAAAAGCCGCACGAGUGUAUGUGUGCUAUAUACGCGUAUGUAUACCUGCGUCUAUGCGUGUAAAGACGCACCUGUGUGUGUGUGUGUGUGUGUGGGUGCAGCCGUAAAACGUGCAUAUUUUUCGUUUUGUUUACGCACACCGCACUAUAUACGAAGGAGCGCGCGCGCGCGCGCGAGGGCAUUGUUUUUUAUUUAUUUUUUUUAUUUCAUUUCAUUUUUUCGUACGUUCGUUUUUUAUUUCAUCUAUUCAUGGAGAAAAAAAAAUAAAGCGAGGCGAAACUAUUGUUCUUCGAAAGCGGCGAUGUGUGUAUGUGUGUGUGUGUUCGUGUGUGCGUGCGUGCGAUGAUACGCCUCGCAUCGCGGAGUUGUUAUUGACUCCUAUAUAUCGACGUUGUCGUCGCUUUGUGUACAUAAAGAUGAUAAAUAAACUAAUAAACAGAUCAGCGAUCCGGGGCUGUAUAUCUCGCGCAAGAUACACCCCGGCCCCCCGAUCAUUCCAAUUCGUAAUAUUAUAUGUAAUAAUGCAUUUGUUUUAUACGGCUCUUCCUCCGUCGUCGCGCGAGGACUUGAAUGUGUGUGUGUGUGUGUGUGUGUGUGUGUGUUUACUACGCGACGAACGUACACGUGUGUAAUGCGUAACGUCGAUUUUAUAUAAUAAUAAUAACAGAAAAAAAAAGUUGUAAUAAGCGAAUAUGAGGCGAAAACGUCUGCGUGAUAAUCGAGAGAAAGACAGAGAGGAGGGUAUAUAUAUAUAUAUAAUGUAAUAUCGCGAGGCUCGGCCAUCUCUCUUGGCACCGGCCUCGGGAUCAAUAAUCAAUGAUCAUCGUCGCCGUCGUUACACGCCGUGUGUGCUACUACUCGCUGCUCACGGGUGCACUAACGACGCGAAUGCGUAACGAUGUGAACCAUAUAUGCUGCAGCCAUAUGUGCGUGUGUGUGAGUGUGAGCGAGCAUAAAACGAAUGUGUAUAAUGCAAGUAUGAAUGUGAGUAUGCGACUAUUAUUCAAGCUCGUUGAUUUAUUGUUGUUGUUAUUUAUUUAUUUUUUAUUAUUUUUUUUUUUCGUAUACUCUCGCAUUGAUAUGUGCGCAUUGAAGAAGAGCGAAAAAGAUGAUGAUGAAGGAGUAAAAAAGAAGAAAUUGUUUAUAUCGCUAAGGCUUAGGAUCGUAAGUUUGUAAAUUAUACACGAAAUAAAAAGUGACGCGCGGCCCGAGACGGGCUCGCGGAUGAUAAAAAAACAAACAAAAAUGAAAUAAAUAUCGCUAUCUCGAACUUA